CUGGCCGCAGGAGGAAUUUCUCUACCCGGAAAUCAUCUGGAGGUGAAGAUAAAGCGAGAGAGACGGGAGAGAAACGUUUAAAAGGACGGAGAUAUAACAUUCUGUCCCACGUGAUCAAAGGAUGUUACAGGGACCAUGGGCCAUGCCAUGUGUAUCUGCUCCAGAGGAACUGUCACCAUUGAGAACAAGCGCUAUUACUUCAUCCAGAAACUAGACGAAGGGGGAUUCAGCUAUGUGGACCUGGUGGAGGGAGCCCAAGACGGGCGACUCUACGCCCUGAAGAAGAUUCUCUGCCACGAUCUCCAUUGUUUGUUUCAGCUUUAUCCUGGGAUUGUACGCCAUUCGUCUGUACUACAAUGUCGCGCUCGUGCUUCGCUGUCUGCCCACAGAGAUCUGAAACCCACGAACGUGCUCCUGGAGGACGAUGACAGGCCAGUCCUGAUGGACCUGGGCUCCAUGAACCGAGCACGGAUUGAGGUCAAGGGUUCUCGAGAGGCCAUGACAGUGCAGGACUGGGCGGCUCAGAGGUGCACCAUCUCCUACAGGGCUCCCGAGCUCUUCAACGUGGAGAGCCACUGCAUCAUAGACGAGCGCACGGACAUCUGGUCCCUGGGCUGCGUGCUGUAUGGUAUGAUGAUGCUGGAAGGCCCCUUCGACAUGAUCUUCCAGAAGGGCGACAGCGUGGCUCUGGCAGUGCAGAACCCCGUCACUGUGCCCCAGCCUUGCAGGUACUCUGAAGGUCUUCAGUCCCUGCUCAGUUCUAUAAUGGUGCCCAAUCCUCAGGAGAGACCCGAUAUCAACUGGGUUCUGAAUCAGAUCAGGCACGUUCAACCCUCUGAGACUCCAGGAGACCCGAACUCAAUCUGAGGACAGAGUCUGAAGGGGGGUGUUUUAUUUCUCCAAUGCUUCCAGUAACGCCUAUGGACCCCGACGAGUGUGAACGCUGUCCGAUUCUAAAGCUUGGAAGACCCGCAUCCAAAAACUGGCUCGGUUUGGGGAUGUAAGCAUGAUGGUGGCGAGAUCUUCUGUUGUUCUGCGUUGUCUCUGCUGCGUCACCCUUUUCCAGAGAGAAAUUCUCCUGUUAAAAGUUCCAGAAGCACAGGUGGGAGCCUAGAUCCCUGCUGUUGUGCUUGUUGAAAGAAGAAAAAUGAAUGUGUGGCUUAACAUUCGCCCAAAAUCAUGAUCGCCUGUUUCACAAAGGCCUAUCUUCAUGUAAAAUAUCAGUUUUUAACUACUACCCUCUUUGUGCCACUAAGAUGGCAGGUAGUCGUUGGUGUGUUAAAUACUUCUUUUAUGCAUACUGUCAAACUGCAUACUAAAAUUAAAGGAUAAUUAUUUUUUUUAGCGA